CAACUUGAAAACAUCCAAGAAAUGAGGAAGAAUCAAGAUGCUCCAGUUGAUACUAUGGGCUGUGAAAGAACAGCUGACACUGCCGUUGGACCUGCAGUUUAUCGUUACCAAAUCUUGGUGUCUUUGAUGUUAUCAAGUCAGACAAAAGACCAGGUCACAUCAGCUGCAAUGGACCGACUGAAAACACAUGGUCUAACGAUAAGCAAUAUAUUGAAAACUUCAGAUAAAAAACUUGGUGAACUGAUUUACCCAGUGGGAUUCUGGAAGAGAAAAGUUGAAUAUAUUAAAAAGACAAGUACAUUGUUGGAAUCACAGUAUGACAAUGAUAUACCCAGUACUAUCAGUGAACUAUGUCAGUUGCCAGGUGUUGGACCUAAAAUGGCAUACCUAUGCAUGAACAUAGCAUGGCAUCAAACUACUGGUAUUGGUGUUGACACACAUGUACAUAGAAUUAGUAAUCGAUUGAAGUGGGUUAAAUCAACAACUAAAACUCCAGAAGACACCAGAAAAAUUCUACAGGAAUGGUUACCAAGGAGCCUCUGGAUCGAAAUCAAUUGGCUAUUGGUUGGUUUUGGACAACAGAUUUGUCUUUCUGUAUCACCUAAAUGUCAACAGUGCCUUAAUAACCAUACAUGUCUAUUUGGUAAAGCUAAUCUUCAGUCAAAAAAAAAGAAAAGAAACUGA